AUGGCGAUUCGAUUUUGCUCUUUCCGGCUUCGAAAGCUGGUCAAAACGUUCAAAGUUUUCAUCUUUGUUGCUGUUUUUGUGUCCCAAGUCAACGGCUUGACUGCCAGAAAGUUAGAGGAAUCCUCCACCGGCGGUGAUCAAGGCGAUACGUGCACCACGUCAUGCGUAGAAAGCCCGCCACCACCGUCGCUUCCUCUGCCAUGUCCACCACCUCCAGAGCUGCCGCCACCGUCGCUUCCUCUGCCAUGUCCACCACCUCCAGAGCUGCCGCCACCGCCGCCUAAGAAGCCUCCAACGCAGUACUGCCCCCCGCCACCUGCCUGCAUUUACAUCACCUGUCUGCCGGGGAAUCUCUACCCCAUUGACAGUGUUUUAAACGGCGGCGAAAAAGCAUCUGCUGCAAGUUUGCUAAUUUUGAUCAGCUCUGGAUUGCUUCUUCUCUUGGCCUUCUGGUGA